AUGGCUGCCUGUGUUUUUGUAAGUUAUGAGUGAUAACGGUUUACCAGAAUCGAAAAAGCAUACGAGAUCUGCAAAUACAAUGCCAUUCUAAAGAAAAAGAAUUGAAUCGUGGAACAGAAAUUUAUCGCAAUGCCUCAGGGAAAACUUCGUGGAGGGUUGCGAGGCGAAGUACAAUCUACUGUACGAGAGAACUACGGUAGCAAAGCUGUGACUUCUAACUUCAAAAGCCGUGUCGUUCAUCCGAGAAAUCCCAAACUUGUGAAGGGAAGCCCUGAGGAUGAUAAGCAAGCUCCUUCUGCUUAUAUGGCUGAGAUGCAGCUCACAACAGAUGAAAGAUUUAAGCUCACAUAUGAGAUGAGAGUGCCACAAAUUAUUGAGUUACUAGACAUGUCUGAACAGACUCUUCAAAAGUUCACUACUAUGGAUAUUGAAGAGCCUCUAUUUCAGCCAUUUCCUUCAGAUAUUGUGUUCCAGAAUUUCAACCCAUUUGAGACAUAUCAGAUACCAUUACAGUUGAGAAAUAAUGAUAAGGUUGCCCGUCUGGUGAAGGUGACACAAACUGAUUCUCCAUACUUCAAGAUCAUCAGCCCAAAUGACGUGGGACAUAAAGUAGCUCCAGGAAUGGAUACUGUCUUCAUUAUUCAAUUUACCCCUGAUGAGAAAAAGGACUACACCCAUGAGCUUAUUUGCAUAACUGAAAGGGAGAAGUUCUUGGUGCCAGUUAAGGCCAUUGGGGCAAGAGCCAUCCUUGAUUUUCCAGAUGAGAUCAGCUUCGGAACUUGUCCCGUAAAGUAUGCCACCACAAGGACUCUCCUUGUACGAAACAUUGGCAACAGUGAGGCAAAGUUCCAGCUGUUAGUACAGGAGCCAUUCUUUGUUACACCAGACAGUGGUCGGCUGGCUAUAGGGGACAGCAUGCAGAUUCAUGUAGAUUUCAAGGCCCUGCAAACAGGAGACCAUGCUAGUCAUAUGAUUCUUCAGUAUGAAACAGGAGAAGAAAUCUAUAUCAGUUUGUAUGGAGCUGCAAUUGAUUACAACAUCCGACUGGAUAAAAAUACUGUCAAAAUGGAAAAUGCCUUUAUAUCUUGUGCCUCACAAAGGACAGUUACUCUCUCUAACAGAAGUGAUAUUAUUGUCCAGUUCAAGUGGACAAACUUUGCAACACUGAGGGAAGAAAUGCAACAUAAAGAUAGGUUUUACUUAGACCUUGAGAAUGAGGAAAAUGUUGAAAAGGAUGAGUUCUUUGAGGAAUGCCUGAUUGAUCCUACUCUCCGAGAUCAAAUGUCUAUCUUGACAAGAAAAUUCAAAAACAAGAUGCAGGCCAUUGCUGAUGACAAACUGCUUUACGGAGACUCAAUUGUCACUAUCGACCCAGUGGAAGGAGAGAUCUGGCCCAAUUCUCAGGCAGAAAUCAGCAUUAUCUUUAAACCUCAAGAGGCCUGCAAUUAUGCCAGAACGGUAUACUGUGAUGUUACAGGCAGAGAAUCAAGGUUGCCUUUAAGAAUCAGAGGUGAUGGGAUAGGUCCCCAAGUACACUUCUCUUUGGAUACAUUAGACAUCGGCAGUGUGUUCAUUAAUUCUCGGCAUUCUUAUGAGGUUAUUUUGUGCAACAUGGGGGACAUUGAUGCUGUAUAUAAACUCCUUCCCUCCAACACCCAACUUGGUCCACAGUUUUCAUUCCUCCCUGCCCAAGGAAUUGUUAUUCCUGGAGGAUACCAGGCCAUUCAGAUUCACUUCUGCUCACCCAUACUUGGGGAUUUCAAUGAAGUGUUUGAAUUUUCUGUGGAAGGGUCACCAGAGAAACUUGGUUUAAAGAUCUUGGGAUCAGUGAUUGGCCCCACUUUCCACUUUAACGUACCAAAGCUGAAAUUUGGAGUAGUUUCGUAUGGUUUUGUGAACACUCGUCACUGUACACUAGUGAAUACUUCACUCAUACCCAUGACAUUCAACCUGCGUGUUCCGGCUGAUGGUUGGACAACUGAGGAAACUCGAAGCCGUGAUAGUUUAAUUGACAGCAACAUCAGUGACACUGGUAGCACCAUCAUGCCAUCUCCAAGAGAGUUUGAUAUUACACCCUCUUAUGGUACUAUAGCUCCUCAACGGGACCUUGAAAUCAAGGUGGACUUUGUGUCAACCACCGUCAAAAAGUAUGAAAUUACUUUGGUAGUUGAUGUGGAUGGAGUUGGAGAGGAGAUUCUGUCACUUCCAAUAAUAGCCAAAUGUGUGGUUCCACCUAUCACUGUCUCCACACCUCUCUUGGAUUAUGGCCGUUGCUUUCUUCAUCACCCUUAUGAGCUUCCUGUUAGCCUGGUGAAUGAGUCUGAUCUACCUGCCAAAUAUGAAUUGUUGUCACAGGUUGUGGAAAAUGCGACACCAAUCCUGUAUACAAGUCCGGAACCAAAGGGAAUUAUCCAGCCUCAUUCUGUGAAAGAAGUUCCUCUUCAUUUAACAGCAGAGUGCCUGGAAGAAGUUACCACAGUGGCUUAUUUCAUGAUAUUUGGAAGCAGUGAUGCACCACUGGGAGUUCAGAUCCAAUGUGUUGGUGAGGGGCCAGUGACUGAUGUUCUUUCAACUCAUGUUGAUUUUGGGACCAUACCAGUUUUAACUGACAUCUCCCAGAUUGUGCAGCUGUCUAACGAGUCUCUGAUUCCAGCACAGUUUUCUUGCAGUAUGGUUCGUCCGAAUUCGUUGUUUUCUGUUGAGCCAGCCCAGGGUGUUAUUCCACCUGAAAAUACUCUGCAACUUAAAGUCACCGCAAAUGUGGAUGAUACAGUCAAGUUUCAAGACAAGCUGUCAAUCAACAUCAGUGACAGUCAGAUCCAAACUGUCAGCCUCGUGGCGUACGGCUCUGGCACAACCAUCGUCAGUGAUCCUCCGUUAGCUCCAGCUGUAGAACUUGGUCCACAGUUCAGCUGUCAGCCUGUCAAGAGAUCGUAUCAACUGACAAAUAGUGGGAGGAGACCUCAGCAGAUUUAUUGGACCACUGAAGGUUUCCUUCCGUACAGGACAAAGAAAAAGCCUGAGUACAACCCGGAAGACAUGAGAUUCCAGGGCUUACCACCACCUGCUGAUCCGCCCAAGCCGGUCUUUCAGUUGACACCCGACAGAAUGGUGCUCCAUCCUGGAGAGAGCCAAAAAGUACAACUAGAAGGCUAUUGCGAGAAGCCACAAAUUGUGAAGGAGCGCAUGUUCUGUCAUGCUAUCAUUGGCACCAGUACUGGGAAGGAACGUAUCAUGAGGGUGGAUGUUAGUGCCGAGUUUAUCAGCCCACUACUGUCAUUUUCUCAAAGGGAGAUAAACUUCUGUGUCAUGAAGCACCCUGAGAGCACUUUGGAAGUAGAGACCAAGCAAGUUAUGAUGCACAAUGUGUCGUCGCUCCCACUCACAGUCGUGUUAGAAGCUUCUUAUCCCUUUCAGUUGCUUGUAGAGGAUCCACGCUGGGCUCCUGUUAAUGUAAAAUCCUCCCAAUCGGAGGUGUCACUUGGCGUUGGUGAGAAUAUACCCGUGUUGAUCCAGUUUGAUCCUUCCUACAAGGAUAAUUUUGUGACCAGAACUGCUGAAAGUCAAUUGGAGGUGUCAUUCAAAGAACAUCCACAAAAGGACUUUGUGAGUCUGAAAGGAGAGGUGUUCUUCCCUAAUCUUACAUUUGAGAUGGAAAAGGUUGACUUUGGAUGUAUACUGAAUGACACAGAAGUGACACAAGUUGUGAAAGUCACUAAUCACAGUCCAAUGGAUGUCAAAUAUCAGUGGAGUUUUAUUGAUUCAGCUAUUCAGUUUGAAAACAAAGAGGAGGAUGAAGGAAUUGUAGUUGAGGUUGAUGAUGACAGCCAAGGGGACAGUGAGGAAAAACUGGAAGAUGUUGACAACGUGAUGAUCGAAGUAACAGGUGAUCAUACCCCCGACUCACCUCGGCCUGUAGACCUCACAGGAUCACCAGUAAUGAGCAGACCUUCUACUGCUUCAGAAAAGAGGCCACAGGAUGCCAGCCCAGCCAAUCAUCUGGCAGUACCGUGGAGACAGACUGAACUGCUUGAUAUUGGAAUUGAGGAGAUUUUUGACAUCUUACCACUGUAUAGCACCCUUCAUCCGCUCGAGACACAGAAAAUACAGUUCACGUUUUAUGGUCAUGCCAACAUUAGUUCCAAGGCUGUUGCCCGCUGUUCUGUCUACGGAGGACCUGACUACGACAUUGAGCUCUUGGGUCAAGCGUCCUUAGUGCAGUAUUUCUUUGAUCGGCAGAAUGUCGACUAUGGAAAACAGCUGUUUGACCAAGCAGCAGUCGCAGAAAUUGUUCUCCACAAUACUGGUAAAGUUGGCCUCAGUUUUGUGGUCCUCAACGUGGACAGUGGAAAUAAGCUCCUUCCGGGCGCCCCUAAUGUUUCACCAGUCCAAGGGCACAUUAAGGCCCUCAGUCACCAAACACUUACCAUCAAAUAUCUGCCUGGUGUGCCCGAAAAGUUUGAGAAGACAUUUCAGGUUAGAGUUGCUCACUUUGAACCGAACAAAAUCACCCUGUCUGGGGUGGGUGUGUUUCCUCGUGUCAUGUUUGACCUCCCCCAUAACAAAGAAGACGCCAGAUACGAGGAGCUGACCCAGCAAGCACGCGAGAACCUGGAACGAGAAAAUUCAAACCUAUCAGAAAAGAGUGUGGAUGAUGUACCGUUCGGAGCUCUCGCAAAUUCUGUAGGCGACAUCGGAGUACAGAUGGAGGUGGAACGACUGUUAGUGAAACAAUUUGCUGUGGAGCAACAAGAGUCAACACGAAACGUGUCACUUGUGCAUACCUCCAGUUCUCACAAAACUGCAACAAAGAAACAACGACCUAAAGCUCAGCUGAUCAGUUAUCUCCUGGAUUUCGGUUAUGUGGUUUAUGGCACAGUUCGGUCACACGUUGUCCGUGUCACCAACAAUGGACACUUACCUGUAUCUUUUGCACCUGACAAAUCAGUUCUGUCGGGAAGCGGAUUUGGAGUAGAACUGGACCGAGUGCGUAGCCUUCCCGGUGAACCAGAUAACGAAAGUAUGGAAUUCAUGGUGACCUUUGACCCCAGAGCGGCUGGUCUUCCCAUGGGACCAGUUGAUCUGAACGUACCCUUUCACGUGCUCAAUGGUCCUACUUCUGGGUUGCGGAUCAAAGCUGUGGUGACAAUGCCGGACAUGACAAUAUCUACGGACUCGUUAGAUUUUGGUAGGGUGGAGUGCGGGAAUAGUAAGGUCAUGACAAUACAGCUACACAACAACCAACAAGUCAGGUGUGACUGGUCAUCUGAACCUCCGGAAGAAAAAAAGAAAAAGUCCGACAAAAUGAUUCCACUUCAUCUACGCAAAAAGCUUCGCACAGAAAAACCUAAACCAAAACACUUUGAAGUGAUGCCGCCUAUCGGCUCCCUGAUGCCUGGUCAGCGGAUUAAUGUCCAAGUCAAAUUCAUGCCUACUGAGGAGAUCUCUUACAGCCAUCGCCUUGCUAUCCGGAUCGCCCAAAGCUCAAGCCGUCACAUGAUCAGCGUGAGCGGUCAGGGAAAUGAGCCCAAGUUAGACUUCAGUUCUACCCUGAUCGAGUUCGGUCCAGUCCUUCCUCAUUCAUCUGGGGACGAGAAAGAAGUAAUUGUGCGAAAUCCUUCAUCUUUUCCUGUUGAAAUUUACUCGUUGGAGUUUGACAAGCAGUAUCUGGAGGAGGAGAAGAUGCUUCGCACAAUGAAAGGGUACGAUGAAUACAACACCAUUCUCCUCCCUCCGCGUGAACCUGGGCACAAGCUUCCUCAAGAAAUCACAGAUGCCUACAAUGAACAGCAGAGAAAGAAAGAAGCGGAAGAGAAAGAGAAAGCGCAGGCUGCCGCAUCUGCAGCGGCUGCUCAGGCAGAGAGGGCCGUGGAGGAAGGAGUGGAAGGUGUGCCUCCUAUCAUUGCUACACAACCUGCUUCAGCCUCCGGUGAUUGGGAAGGUGGCAGGGCUGGUAGUGAUGUGGGGGAAGGAGCAAAAGAUGACAGCAGCAGCCUCGGUGUUGGCGAACUGGAAAUCACACCCGUGUCUGCUUCCAUUGCACGGUACCUUGGUAUCGACUUGACUGCAGAGGGAAGGGCAGCCCGUAACAGACGAGGUAUUGCUUUAGUUGUACACGGAGCACCUCUGUCGGGAAAGACGGCCACAGCGGUAUCGCUUGCUAAAAGUUAUGGAGCAGCAUUACUUACAAUAGAUGGAGUGGUUAUAGAGGCGAUAUCAAAUGGAAACACCUCUGCAGCUCAAAGAGCCAAGGAGUUGUGUGCAUCAGCUGCUCGAGCUGCUAAGGAAGCGGAACAAACUGCCGAACUACAGCUAAGUCAACCCACAGUGGGACUGAGUGUGGAUGCUGUAGCUGCACUGGGUGCAGCCACCGGUCCCUCGGCUUCCACUGCGGGCUCUGUCACUGGGGCCCAGUCGUUUCUUGGGAAGGAUCGUAAGACUUCCACCAUUACUGGUGGCCCUCGUGGAGGAGGUGUUGGGAAGAAUAUUCCUCAGCUUCAGCAAUCGCCCCCAGGGACCCCACCCCAGGCUGCACCUUUAGGCCGAAAGCUGAGUGUCAGUGCUAGCGUGGCUGGUGAAGACGGACUGUACAGCUGCCUCCUUCCUGAGGAUCUUCUUGUCGAACUACUGGCAGAGCGAUUUCAGUUGAGUGACUGUCAGAGAGGAAUCGUAGUGGAUGGCUUGGAGUCUCUGUUCAGUCCGAACAUGAUGGGUUCAACAAACGCUAUCCUGCGUGCUUUCAAUAACCGCAAAUAUAUCUUCUUUGUGACACUGAUGUUGGAUCAGGCCAAGCUAAAGGCUGUGGAAGAAAAGAAGAAAGAGGAACAAGCCAAGCUUGAAAAACAAAAAGAAGAGGAAGAGAAGCGGCGAUUAGAGGAGAUGUCAGAAGAUGAAUAUGAUGCUCUAACGGAAGAGGAGAAAGCUGAGGUAGAUAGGAAACACUUGGAGCAAAAGAAAGAGAGAAGAAAACGAGAGCAAGAAAGACAAGAGAGGGAGAAGAAAGAAAGAGAACUGCAAGCUUUGAUGGAGGAAAAAAGACUCGAGGAGGAGCGUGGAAAUCAAAAAAGCAAACGUCGAACAACUCAACAAGUAGGAGGACCUGGUGCCAAGAAAGGUCAUGACGGAAAGGAAAAGAAACCUGAGAAAAGCAGUGACAAGCUGACACCCAGUCGUACCACUGGUCUGUCGUCACAAGCACAGCCCUUCGACUCGCGCACGGGCGCCCCGUCGGUGAUUUCCGAGCGUUCCGACAGCAGUGAUGUUACCGACGACAAGAAGCGACUGAACAUUGCCAAAGGGCAGAAACAUCGGCAGUCUUCGGCCAUAAUGUACCCUCCGUUGAUCCAGCAAGUGGAAGAAUCUAAACCACCGUCUGAGGAAGAAGAGAGAGAGAAGGAGCUUACUAAGAAGUUCAAUGCAUUCGAGACUAGUUUACGAGACAUCGAUGGCUUGCUGCAAAACUGGGAUCGAUCUACAGGUACUGUGGCUCGAGCGGACACCCCCAAGUCUGAAAACUUUGACGACUUUCUACCAGCGCCUGGAUUGACCAGGCGAGGUCGAGACAAGAAAGAGAAAGAACUCAGAGAACGAGAAAAGGAGAGGGAAAAAGAGAUAGCGAAGGAGAUUUCUGACUCUCCAAUGUCAGCGCUCAGCGGUGAUCAUGAUGACGACGAUGAUGGCAGUAAAAAGGACGGGGUAGGUGUACCGCAGCUUAUUGUGGACACAGUGAACCCAACAGAGUCACAGGCUGAAAAGACACUAGCCAAAGGAAUUCUGCCAACAGUUGAAGAGGUAAUGGACGGUCUGGGUCUGGGACCCCAUGGUCCUCCAAUCCCACCCCCGGCCACCUUUGCUGUUGUGCCUUAUCCCGUACGAAGACGUCCACCCCUGGGAUUAGAUCCCCCUUCUCAUUAUGUAUUCGUGGCGUCGGGGCCAGAUGAUCCUAAUGCCCCUAAGGAGGAUAAGACAAAAGAAGCUGAACUAGAGGUGGAGAAAACACCCGAGAAACCACCGGAACAUGGACGCAAGGGCCGUAAAGACAAGGACGAUAGAGAGGGAGGUACAAACUCCAGAAAGGAGAGGGGAGGCUCUGCCCGGAAGGGUAAAGCCGCACAUGGGGCUCCAUCUCCACCACCCAGUAUCACACCUGCAGAGGAAGACAAGAGUGAAACUACUGUGGUGCCCAGCACCCCUCGACUCGUCAGCCACCGCUGGGUCAUUCCCGCCAACGAUAUUGUGAGGUUACGCAUCCGUUUCCGUUCCGAGGAGGUGGGUCAGUUUGACCAAACAUUGAACUUUGAGAUCAUGGGGACGCGCCGUCGUUAUCAGCUGUUUUGCCGCGGCGUCUGUGCUUUUCCCGCCAUAAGUCGCGAGCCGCGUGUGGUGUUCCCUCACCGCCGAAAGUACCGCAAACCGGAAGAGAUCGUGCAUAAGAAAUACGUGCUAAGUAGUGAGACUUUUGAAUUUGGUCCACUGCUCUGUGGUAAGACUCGAGACCGGUACAAAGAAGGGAAGUAUCCAGAGAAUAUGGAAAAGAUAGUGAUUUGCAACACUUCUCCUCUGGAAGCAGAUGUCAACUUUUGUUUCCAGCAGGACAGCACAGCGGUUACCUUCAUUAUUGAUCCGCCCAACAUGAAGUUGAAGCCGGGAGAGAGUCAGGACCUCACUCUGUGGGCAUAUCCAAAGACACCAGGCUUCUUCGAAGAUGCAGUGGUGUGCUGUAUUCGAGAGAAUCCUGAGCCCGUUGUGUUUAAGAUUUCCUGUCAUGGUGUUCGUCCUGAACUGGAGUUGGAUCGGAGACAGCUGCAGUUCGAUAGAGUUUUACUACACAGGAAAGACACAAAAAUUAUCUUCCUUCGUAACAGCACUCUGCUACCUGUGGCGUGGCGAGUGAAUGGGAUGGACAAUCUGGGUGAUGACUUUUCGUUGACUACUGAACAUGGCGUGAUCGAUGCUAAAUCAGAGUUCGCUCUUCAGAUGCACUUCAGAGCUGUGCGGCCAACCAACGUCAAAAAGAUCGUGAGGCUGGAGGUGUCUGAUGUGGAACAGAUCAUGGGCCUGGUACAAGCAGAAAACAUACAAGUUCUCGCGGAGUCUUAUGAUGUUGCUUUAGAUAUGAGUUUCCCUAAAGGUGCAGACGGCGGUCUUGACUUUGGCGUUCUCAAAGUUUUGGAUGAAACAAAACUGACUUGUUCUCUAAAGAACAAAGGCAAGUUUGAAAUCAACUUCAAUUUCGUGUUUGAGCCAACAGACGGUUCACCAGCGGACGUGGCACAGCUGUUUACAGUGAUACCUAACAAGGGUCCCCUUCUGCCCACUGAUCGUCCUACACAAGUACAGGUCAUCUUCAGAUCCAAGAGUGAGAUUACUAUUAAAGACCAGCCUGUCCUCAAAUGCCAGAUCGUAGAGCCUCAUCUUGGCGAAGGCGGUGAAGUGAUUGCCAGUAUUCCCAUAAAACUUAGCGUGCGCUCCGUGUACAGUAAAUACGCCGUAUCACCGGUCAGUGACAUUAACUUUGGAGCCAUGCUUAUCAGCACUAAGAAAACCCGGGUGUUCACCAUCGAGAACAAGGGAGAGUUUGAAUUCCGGUAUUCAGUUCUAAAGAUGAUCAGCACGGUGUCACAAGGACGCCAGAAACUAGUGCCACCCACGAAAAGAGCCAAAUCACGUGAUGGGUCGAGUUCGGGAAGAUCUCAACAGGACAAACCAUCUAAACCUAAGAGGGCAGAUUCAAUACGAGGAGCCGAGUUGACCGCGGGUGCACCAAACAUUCGCCUUCAGCUUGGAAUGUUCACUGUCUACCCAGCUGUGGGAAGCGUACAGGCCGGUAGUUCUGUGCAAGUAACGGUGGACAUGGUCGCUGAAAGUCCAGGCUUCUCAGAAGAGGACAUUGCCAUUGACAUCUCAGACCGCCCGCCGUCAGAUCAACCCCAUGGAAUACCCUACAAACUGAUUGGAGAAGCAUGCAUCCCUAGGAUCACUACAGUCACCCCCGAGACAAUCGGUUCUAUCUUCGAAGAACACUUGAUCGUGAAACAAUUAAAUUUAUUCCAGUACUUGACGCACGACCUCGCGAGUGGCUCCGGAGUGUAUGGAGAAGACGAGAACAAGUUCAUAUUUUACAACGCAAUUGUUGGACGGAAAGCCAAAGCGAGGUUUAGAAUUGGUAAUCCAAACAAGGUGCCAUGUGACUUGGUUCUUUCCGUGAAACCGCAGUCCAUGAAACCGUCUGCUCGCUGGCACGACGUCUAUGAAAUCGAACCACAGCGGCCGUCGAUUCCAGCUCACAGCUAUGUAUACGCCACUGUGACUUUCAUUCCUCCGUCCAUGCAAACUUAUAAUGCUACACUUGAAGCUGCUGUGGACGGGAUGCCAAGCACUAUGUCAAAGUACCGCAACUUAACUUUCGAUAUUCAGGGUGAAGGAAACCUUCCCAGAAUCACCGUCGUUCGACCCACUGCGCGAAACAAGAAAGGUGCUCCCGUCCUUUUGUUCAGACGUCUUUUACUUGGACGCACUCAAGUUCUCUCGCUCUCGCUUAAGAACGAAGGCACAUUGAUAGCCCGAGCAAAUAUCGAUUUGAAAGAUCCCGAAGGUAUGUACAAGAUUUCAUGCGUGGAAGGUACCAAAGCUAUGAUGCCACUUGACGAGGGCGAAGACGACGUUGAUCCGAAGUCGCGAGUUCACACCUUGUCUGUGGUGGUUCCCAUGGGUAAGACAGCAGAUUUUGCAAUCGAGUUCAACCCCUCCCUGGUGGGGCGUUUGGUGGGCGAGAUUAGGCUGACAGUGGUGGAUAAUCCUUACGAACAAAGUACAGUUCAACUGAUUGGAGAAGGGUACGAAGAUGAAGUGACUAUAGAUAAUAUUCGGUCAUUUGUUCAGACUGAGAAAAUGGCGCCUGAGACGGAGAUUGACGACAACACGCCAGCAUCAAGAGAAAACCACGUCAAAUUUGGGGAUUGUGCGGUAGGCGUGUCUAAACAGCUGUCAUUUACUUUGACAAACCAUUCCUCCUCGGACCCAUUGCGCUUCACUUGGACCCCACCGCCUGAGGUGACGUUUUCUCCGUGCACAGGACACCUACAGCCUAACUGCGCAAAAGAUGUCACAGUAACCUUCUGUUCGAACGAGCCAAAGACAUAUUCAGCAACAAACAUUCCUUGCAAAGUCACUAAAAUCAAGCUAGGAGAGGCGCAAGAUAAGGCGGUGGACUGGGACGAUCGCAUGCGGACUGUAAAGUGGAUUGACGUGGCACCUAGUGAGGACCCUUCCACUGGCGUGAGGAAGUCCCCCCGGCCUGCCAAGAAGAAGGUCAUCGAAGUUGAAGCUGAGCCUCCAUAUACAGCACUGGAAAAUAGCCCUAAGGACGUGGAACUAUUGCUAACUGCCGUGUGUGACUAUGCUAAAUAUCGCUGCAAAGUUGAGAACAUUCACUUCAAAGACACACUGAUGUUUCAAUCCCGAGUGUACAGCUUUACAGUCUCAAACAAAGGCGAUGUGCAGCUCGAUUACAAAUGGCAUUUUCAACCAGUGGAAAAACAAAAGACUGUUAGCCUAGCGGAACAGCUCGUAGGACCCGAGAGACCCGAAAGCUCUGCUGGACAAUCUAGCAGUCAGCAAACAGGUCGCCCUUCAACCUCUGCAGGGGACUCAUCAGUGCACCCUCCUAGACGUGUACCCCCAAUGACCCAACGACCUGGUUCUUCCAUGGGCGGGCGGCCGUCAAGUGCCCUGGCUAUUGCAUACGAGGCAGGCAGUGUUGUGAGUGAAGGAGGAAGCGAUGUGUUCCCGUUUGUGAUUGAGCCAGAAAGUGGAAGCAUCCCUGCAAGAAAGAAGGGUAGCUUUGUUGUGAAGUUCUCGCCGUUAGAUGUGUCCGAGUAUGAUGCUUUGGUGACCUUUAGUGCUAACAACCUUCCGCCCGACAGAGGCGGCUUCUCCAUUCCCGUACGUGGACGGAGUCUUCUUCCCUAUUGUCACUUUGAAUUGGAGGAGUCGGAUUACGUAUCCGGGGGGAGGAGAAACCCCGAGUUAAGGGGUCCUGGUGGGGCUCCCCCUGGAUCUACCUUGGAUCCUAGCACAAAAGUCAUCGAGUUCAAAUCGUGUGGAGUCAAGGUCAAAAACAUUAAGCGUUUUAGCGUCAUAAACCCAUCCAACACAAGCUACAGUUUCUUGUGGACCAGUGAAGACACACUGGAUGGUGCGCCGCCAGAAACUGUCAAUUUCCGGUGCCUGACUCCCGAGGGGACCAUACUGAGUGGCAAGAAGCACGAGAUGGUGUUUGAGUACGUGUCAGACUCGCUUGACCUGGUAGAAUCAUUUUGGCGGUUCUUUGUGCCCGAAUACAACUUCUCAAUUCCAUUUGUUUUGGUGGGGCACACAUUUGAGCCCGUGCUGUCGUUUGACAGGUCUCACAUAAACUUCAGGGAAAUGCUGCUUGGUCACCCGGCAAAAACAACCGUACAGUUAGUGAACGAGGAGAACAUCCCAUUCACUUUCUCAUUCAGUGAAUCAUCUUGUCACACGGAAGGAUAUGCUUCCAGUCUGGCUGUUGAACCCAUGUCUGGAAUUGUUCUUCCUAAGGCCAG